AUGGAUCAAGACAAGCUACAACUAGACAAUCAUCUACGACAAUUGGCAAAUCAAGCACCCAACUUUCCAGGAGCUCUACACCUGUCGCCACAAGAAUGGGAUAGCAAAUUGCAGCAGGCGAGAGGAGGAGAUGCCAUUCUACUCGAUUGUCGCAAUGUAUACGAAAGCAAUGUGGGCUAUUUUCAAGUUACUUCCACAACCUCUGCACACAACAAAAGCAGCAGCAGUCAAGAUUCUAUUACUAAUACCCUGCUCACCAAUACGCGCAAGUACUCUGAUCUGCCCAAGAUAUUGCUGCAGUCAUCUCUGACAAUCCUAUCUCGGACAAUGCAAAACAAAGAGUUUAGUCACUAUCGUAGGAAGAUCUUGUAG